GCUUAAACAAAUUCCAUGAUGUAGACAAGCAAACAAAAGGCAAAACCAAAAUCCGCGAAGCAACAGGAGAUGACAAUACCAAGCCGGCCGGUAAACGUUAAUCAUCUCAUUGACACAACAGUUCAGCGGUUCACGUUAAAAGACACCCCUCCCACGCAUUUCAAACUUUUCUUUUAUCCCUCCCGACCCCACUACAACAUAAGAACUUGAAAAUUCAGAAAUGCACCCCGAAUUUGCUCAGAUCAAACUCUCUCAAGUCCUAAUUGAUCUAACAACCAGACCAUUCUUAAUUUAUCCAUAAGGACUUGUUGUUUUCAUAAUUACAAAACAGUAAUCAAAUCGGAAAACCAACCAGUUGCCGGCGGAGAAGAGUGAAGGUGUGGAAUGACGAUGGACAGAGAGAAGGAGAGGGAGAUAGAGUUAGAGAGUGCAAUGUACACUAACUGUUUGUUACUAGGUCUGGAUCCAUCUAUCAUUGGAAUCGGAGCUAACAAUGGCACUCCUCGUGUUGGACUUUUUCGUCAUUCAAACCCUAAAUUGGGAGAACAGCUUCUUUACUUCUUACUUUCUUCUCUUAGAGGCCCUGCUCAAUCCGCGAAGGAUUUCGAUAAGGUCUGGCCUAUAUUUGAUUCAGCUCAAUCUCGUGAUUUUCGAAAGGUUGUGCAAGGAAUUAUAAGCGAGUUGGAAUCCCAGGGGGCACUUCCUAGAAGCAAUUCGAGGGUCUCAUCUCUUGCGACGUGUUGUGGACCGAGAUUUGUUGAACUUCUGUGGCAACUCUCACUGCAUGCCUUGAGGGAAGUUCAUAGGCGAACAUUUGCUGCUGAUGUAGCUUCUAACCCGUUACCUGCUUCAUUGACAGAUGUAGCUUUCUCACAUGCAGCCACCUUACUUCCUGUAACCAAGGCUAGGAUUGCUCUUGAAAGAAGAAGGUUUCUGAAAAAUGCAGAAACAGCAGUUCAAAGACAGGCCACAUGGUCUAAUUUGGCUCAUGAGAUGACAGCUGAGUUUCGAGGCCUUUGUGCUGAAGAGGCUUAUUUGCAGCAAGAACUUGAAAAACUGCAUGAUGUUAGAAACAAAGUAAAGUUGGAAGGUGAACUGUGGGAUGAACUUGUAUCAAGCUCGAGCCAAAACUCACAUAUGGUCCAAAGAGCUACUCGCUUGUGGGACUCUUUGCUAUCUCGCCAAACUCAGCACGAGAUUCUCGCUUCUGGCCCAAUAGAGGAUCUUAUAGCUCAUCGUGAGCAUAGGUAUCGUAUAUCUGGGUCAGCUUUGCUUGCAGCCAUGGAUCAAAGUUCUGUAGCUCCACCUCGUGAUUUAGUUCCAUCACAUCUAGAUAAUAAAGAUCAAUCUGAAAGAUCACAAGCAGAUUUUGAUAGAGAAAAGCGUGUGAACAAUCCAGAUUCUUCUCAUACUCAAGCAAAUGAUGAGAGUUUUUCUCGAGUUGAUGAAAGGACUGCAAGAGCCCAUCCAACUAUUGAUAUAGCUGAAGUUUUGAGGCGUUGGACACAUGCCCUACAACGAAUUCAUAAGCAGUCACUUCAAUUGGUAAAAGUAAAUGACGGAGAGGGUCCAGAGCUUCUGAGAAGUUCACAUGAUGGUGGUACAAGCAGUCACGCGGAAUCCUUGGCUGCAACACUUGCUGAACAUAGGCAGCACCUAGCAAGUAUACAGGUGCUCAUAAAUCAACUGAAGGAAGUUGCUCCAGCUAUAAAGAAUUCAAUUACGGAGCUGACGGAAGAAGUUGAUAGUAUUUCGUCCGGUCUUCUCCCUAUGGCCACGCAUCAUGCUGGAUCACAUUCACUGGUCCAAGCACAGAAUAGCAGAACGAUAUCGGAGAACAGCACUGAUGAGAUAGCUGAGAUGACCUCAAAAAUGUCAUCCAUGCAUUUUGAAAAGGCAUCAGCUACAGCCAGUCCCCCUGCUUUAAAGCUCCCACCUUUGUUUAGUUUAACACCAAAUUCUUCUGGAAAAGGUGGGAACAUGCAGAAGCGGCAGGUCUCAGCUCAAACCAGCCAAAUAGAAAAUCUGCAUGAGAAAAAAUCUCCAGAUCUGCCAAUUUCAAAUAAUUCAAUGGAUAAUCUGCGACAAGCAGAUGAUGACCUUAGCUUUGUCCAAAAUUUGAAGAGAUCCGUCAGAGAAGCUGCACUUUCCUCCCAAUCUUACUAUCCAGAAUCAUCUCAAGAUAGUCGUUCUGAUGAUAGCUCUGAGCACUAUUUCAUACCUGUACCCGGGGUUGGGUUUCCUCAUCUUGGUAGCAAACCAAACUUAUUGAGAAGUAAAAAGCUGCUCGCGUCUGAACCAGAUUCAUCUUUUUAUGGGAACCAUCUUCCACAAAGUCAUGUGGGCAUCAAGUCAGAUGGACUUCUUGACUUAUUUAAUGAUCUGCGGUCUCUUGAUGACUAUGAUGGCAUAGAUAGUUUUCU